CCUCGUCGGGUUGUUCUGUGCUGGAGUGUUUUUGUUUCUCGUUCGCAUAUGUUUUUGACGGGAGCUCAGGCGUUAUUGAAACUUUCACGAAAGGAAAAUGUCUCAAUUAGUCCAACGGAUAAGCGAAUUCCUCUAGCGUCCGAUUAGCGUCGCGUGAGACGUGUAGAAAAAUCGUAGCAGCAUGUGAAAUUUUUUCGUCGGGAGAGAGUUGGAAGCGAUUUUUCGUAAGAUACGGGAUUUCCUUUUUGUAAAUUCGCGUUUUUUUUUGUUACCGUUCGUACACAUAUUUGUUAAAUAUUAGCGCUCGUUUGGGAUGGGGCUGUUGUUUGCGAAGCUGUGGAGUCUUUUCGGCAGCGAAGAACACAAAAUUGUUAUCGUGGGUUUGGAUAACGCCGGCAAGACGACGAUUUUGUAUCAGUUUUUGAUGAACGAGGUGGUCCACACGAGUCCGACGAUAGGCUCCAACGUGGAGGAGGUAGUGUGGCGAAAUAUCCAUUUCAUUAUGUGGGACCUGGGCGGGCAGCAGUCCCUGCGGGCCGCGUGGAGUACUUACUAUACCAACACCGAGUUUGUCAUUGUGGUGAUAGACUCGACGGAUAAGGAGAGGUUACCCGUUAUACGGGAGGAGCUGUACAAGAUGUUGGCCCAUGAGGAACUGUCGAAGGCGGGCGUUUUGGUGUACGCCAAUAAGCAGGACGUGAAAGGCUCGAUGAGUGCCUCGGAAAUAUCGAAAGAGCUAAAUCUAACCUCGAUCAAGCUGCAGCAGUGGCAUAUACAGUCGUGUUGCGCUCUCACGGGAGACGGUCUGUAUCAGGGGUUAGAGUGGAUAGCCAGUAGGUUAAAGAAAAAAUGACUUUCGGAUGGAUUCUCGUCUUUUAGGGUACCAAAUAACGAAAAAAAUUUAUUGAAAAAUGGCGGUUUUAGUCGGGUUAAGAAAAUGGCACCCAACAGUAAGCGAAUGUUUGGGCUGUUUUUGUUCGGUUAAUUUUAGUAUUUUUUUUCUUUAAAUCGACGAUUUUUAUCGGAAAUUUCCUAAAGCGGGUUGUGAAAUUUUUAUUAUAACAUCACGAAAACCUACAUGCGGUCUCAUAUUGAGAGCCCCGAAUUUCUUUGUCGAUCACGCGCAUUGAAUAUAACAUCUUUUGUAUAACUCAUAAUUCCGAAAAAAAAAUCUUUCAUAUUGUACAGUACCUAUUUAAUUAUGUAUACGUUCUAAUCAGUGAACCCUAAUAUGUAAAUAUACCUAGUGACUUUUUCUUCCAUUUAAUUAAUAAAUUUUUAAGUUUUACCGUAUGGAUAUAUUUCUUC